GUCCACGGCCGUCUGGGUGUUCUUGUUGCCCUUCUUGAGUUCCUUCACGUCAGAUUCGACGACGUGCACCUCUCGCAUCCCACAUCGUAAACAGAGAGGAGCAGCAGCAAACGCCCGAUCCGAGCAGGUCGAUGAUGGGGAAGGUCUUGUGGCUUCGUCGAGUCGACGUGCUUGUUCACUACAACUGGUAAUACUAAAGUUCAUAGCUCAGCUAUGACCACGGAAACUCCUCGUAAAAGACACAGGGCAGAUGUGAGCAACGCCAUAGACGGAGGUCCAUCAGCAUCCUUGAAGCGAUCACGGGAGAACAAGGAAGUGGCUUCACUUUCGUCGGAGGUUCAUUACGAGAAUCGAAGUAGGCGAGACCGGGAUCGGGACCUCUAUGCGGACCGAGACGACGACGAUGAUCCGCCGAGCAAGCCGAGAAACUUUGGGUCGGUCAGGUUCGGGGGAUGGGUGCUCGAUACUUGGUUCUACUCCCCAUACCCUUUGAUCGACGAGAGACCUCCUAUACCUUCUUCUUCAACCUCUCAAGCGCUUCCUCCCGCUCGGAGAGGCACUCCGACCCUUCCUCCGCAACCCUCAUCCUCUGGGAUAUCGAAACCCCUCAUCACAACACUUCCACGCGCACCGAAUAUACCCUUCUCUGAGCUGACAACGGCAACUACACCGGCCAGCACCUUGGUUCAGGAGGAGAAGGCUCAUCACACGGUUCGAGGAGCCCGUGGACGAUUCGUCCCCUCAAAUCCCGAGACUACUUCAUCGCGAACGACCAGGGAUCUCUUGUCGAUCACCGCCAAAUCUCCACCGGCUGGGGAGACCCUGUCGCUGGACGCCGAGCCGGCGACGAACAGCAAAGGAGGAGUAGGGGAGAAGGUCAAGGACAAGAUGUUGUGGGUAUGCGAUGGCUGCUUCAAGUAUCUGCGCACGCUGGCAGGGUAUACGAAUCAUACAAGUACAUGCAAGGUCGAUCAUCCGCCUGGGAAGAAGGUUUACGAGAAGGGCAGCUACAGUAUUUGGGAGGUGGAAGGCAAUUCUCAAAAGCUAUAUUGUCAGAAUCUUAGCUUGUUCGGCAAGCUAUUCAUCGACCAUAAAACGAUCUUUUUCGAUGUCGACAACUUUCUCUUCUACGUCUUGACGGAGAACAUGUACAAACGAGAACACGCUAUCGGAUUCUUCUCGAAGGAAAUUGUCUCUUCUGAAGAUUUCAAUCUGGCCUGCAUCGUUGCCUUUCCCCAGUACCAGGGUCGAGGGUACGGCAAGAUGUUGAUGGAGUUCAGCUAUCAUUUGACACGGCAUGCCGACUCGCCCGGAACUCCCGAGAGGCCACUCUCGGAACUCGGAGCUAUCGGCUACGAGUCUUUCUGGAUCAAGAACGUGCUCAGAAGUCUACUGGUAAUCGUUCUGGAUGGCGUCGAGACAGCACACCGACCGGAGCUACAGGAUUGGGCUCGUACAGCAAACGAGGUUUUGAAACGUAAACUGGCGUCCGGGGGGUUCUUGAGCUAUACAGACUUUGCACCUCCCACAUUGCUACUGGAGCAAGGCUCUACCCCUGUCACCCAGACAGUCACGCUGAAGCAGUUGUCAAAGUUGGCUCACGUUCGACAAGACGAUGUCGUCUUCGUUCUGGAGAGUCUUGGGAUGUUGGCUUCGAAUCGACCGGCCGAGGCUUACGGUGCGUCCGAUCUAUCGACAUCAGCACGGAAAGGGCUGGGAAAAUGGCAUGGCCUGGAGAUUGUCGUCUCAUUGGAUACCGUUCUCCGAGGAUGUGAAAAGUGGAAAGUCCGGGGUAAAGGAAUACUCGAUGAGAAGGCAUGUAAAAUAUGA